CCGCGACUUCUCAGUCCUCCUAACAUAAGUGCGUUGCUUGGACUUGUUUUGUGGGGCUCCAUUCCUGCUUUCUCAGUGGUGUUCUCCUGUGAUACUAUAACACACUACUAUCAACAGCCACGCUCAUUAUGUUGCGUUCGUUCUCGCGUCUCCCCGCCUCGGUCGUGUUCAGGACGCGUGCUACCGCCAACGCGCGCACCGUCGCUGUCGCAGCGCAGCGCAGACAUGCGUCCUUCUACAACACCGAUGUCGCUGGGCUCACGGAAGAGCAAGCCGAGUUCAGGAAUGCCGUGCAUGAAUUCGCAGAGAAGGAGAUUGCGCCUCGCGCCUCUGAGAUUGAUAGGACGAAUACGUUCCCAAUGGACCUCUGGGAGAAGUUCGGCGACAUGGGCCUGCUCGGCAUCACCGUCAAGCCCGAGUACGGCGGGCUCGAGCUCGGGUACUUCAACCACACGCUCGCGAUGGAGGAGCUCUCGCGCGCGUCGGGCUCCGUCGCGCUCUCCUACGGCGCGCACUCGAACCUCUGCGUGAACCAGAUCCACCGCUGGGGCACGCCCGCGCAGAAGGCCAAGUACCUGCCCGACCUCGUCGCGGGCCGCAAGGUCGGCAGCCUCGCGAUGAGCGAGCCCGGCAGCGGGAGCGACGUCGUGAGCAUGACGCUCCGCGCGGCCAGGGCCGACGGCGGGUACCGGCUGACGGGGAACAAGUUCUGGAUCACGAACGGGCCGGUCGCGUCGACGCUGGUCGUGUAUGCGAAGACGGAGCCCGAGAAGGGCUCGAAGGGCAUCACGGCGUUCAUCAUCGAGAAGGGCUGGGAGGGCUUUUCGACGCACCAGAAGCUGGACAAGUUUGGGAUGCGGGGGAGCGAUACGUGCGAGCUCGUGUUCGAGGACUGCUUCGUGCCCGAGGAGAACGUCCUGGGGCCGGUCAAUGGUGGCGCGAAAGUUCUGAUGUCCGGCCUGGAUUUGGAACGGCUCGUUCUGAGCGGUGGCCCUCUCGGGCUGAUGCAAGCCGCCUUUGAUUACGCUGUGGAAUAUGUCCACCAGCGGAAACAAUUUGGCAAGCCGAUUGGCGAGUUCCAGCUCAUGCAGGGUAAACUUGCAGAUAUGUAUACCAAGCUGAAUGCAUCUAGAGCGUAUGUCUAUGCCGUUGCGAAAGCGUGCGACCAGGGGAAAGUCAGCCGUAGAGACUGUGCGGGAGCGAUCCUCUACUCUUCCGAUCGGGCUGUUGAGGUCACAAUGGAAGCCAUGCAAAGUCUGGGCGGGAAUGGUUACAUUAAUGAGUAUCCCACCGGUCGAUUCCUUCGGGAUGCUCGUCUGUACACGGUCGGUGCCGGUACGCAGGAGAUCCGCCGGAUGCUCAUCGGGCGCGAGUUUAACGAGGAGUUCAAGCGCCAAGCUGCAUAAGCUGCCCAAGUCGAUCUCCAUGGGGUCACUGAAUCGGACGCUCUCGACGCGCUUGUAGCACAAUGUAUGACUAUCAUUCAUCGCACGCACCAAAUAGAACGCGUUGGGAAGGGUA